AUGGCCAAAUGCAUGCCAGUGACACAGCGAUGCAAGGACGAGCUACUGUGCACUAGGCCAGAGGGCCUUGUCGGCGGAUGUGGAGCUUUGCAGCGGCGACGGUCGGGGAGGGAGGACUUGUCAUCGGACGAGCAUGGAGCCCCAAGGUACAGGUACAUGAGCCAAGGUAUCCAAGCCUGGUGCCAGGUCUGUUGUUGUCGCGGCGUCAUUGGACCUGAAGACAUGGCCUCGCCUGACUCAGCAAACGAGCAGGCAGGCCAGCCCGGUGAGUGUCGGGUGCGCGCGCUGCUGAAGACGGUAGAGGUGGAUUCGAGGCGGCGGAAUGGGAUUGACAGACAGGCUGGAGGACGCCGAUGGGGACGCCAUCUGGGUGAUUCGAAAGUCCGUACAUCGUGA